CUCCCUCCCCCUGGCCGCCGCCACCGCGACUCCGCGUCCCACCCUCACCAGCUGCUUGACGGUCCCGGAGGAAGGCAGCCGUCACCGAGGUGCCCGCCGGUCGCCCCGUGGCGGGCAAGGGGGCCACAGGGCUGCAGCCCAGGCCAUGGCUUACUACCUCAACUCGGACCCCCACCUGGACCCAGGACCCAUCUACGUGCGUGAGCAUGGGCAGCUGCACGUGGUCGACCUCGCCCUGGAGGGGGUCCGGAGCCGCCUGCAGAGGCCGCGGCCCUUCAGACUCUUCCCCAAAGGCUUCUCCGUGGAGCUGUGCAUGAACCGGGAGGACGACACGGCGCGCAGAGAGAAGACGGAUCACUUCAUCUUCACGUACACCCGCGAGGGGAACCUGCGCUACUCGGCCAAGUCGCUCUUCAGCCUCGUGCUGGGCUUCAUCUCGGACAACGUGGAUCACAUCGAUUCCCUCAUCGGCUUCCCCGAGCAGAUCGCCGAGAAGCUCUUCUCCGCCGCCGAAGCCCGGCAGAAGUUCGCGGAGCCCGGCGCGGGCCUGAGGGCCUUGCGGAAGUUCACCGAGGCCUACGGCAGCCUGGUGCUCUGCUCGCUGUGCUUGCGGAACAGGUAUCUGGUGGUUUCCGAAAAGCUUGAGGAGAUUAAGUCUUUCCGGGAGCUCACCUGCCUGGACCUGUCCUGCUGCAAGCUUGGAGAUGACCAUGAACUUCUGGAACACCUCACCAAUGAAGCCCUAUCCAGUAUCACUCAGCUCCACCUCAAGGACAAUUGCUUAUCUGACGCUGGUGUGCGGAAGAUGACAGCCCCGGUCCGCGUGAUGAAGAGAGGCCUUGAGAGCCUGACCCUGUUAGACUUAUCAUGUAACCCUGCCAUCACUGAUGCUGGAAUUGGGUACCUGUUUUCUUUCAGAAAACUCAACUGUUUAGAUAUCUCUGGGACAGGGCUGAAGGACAUUAGAGCCGUCAAGCACAAGCUCCAGACGUGCAUAGGCCUUGUCCACUCCAAAGUGCCUUUGAAGGAGUUUGACCAUAGUAACUGCAAGACAGAGGGCUGGGCUGACCAGAUUGUUCUGCAGUGGGAACGCGUGACUGUGGAAGCUGGGCAGCCACGGAAAGACAUGGCGCCUCGAAAGGCAGCUCAGUACUUCUAUCAGAAGGCAGCACUCACGGAAGCCUCGAGGAAGUGUCCCCUGGCCGACGCCCAUAUGAACUCUUCCGGAAGACUACAGUUCUACCGAGAGCGAGCUGCAGACCGCCACGGGCCCUUGGCGAGACAUGAAGCCGCCUUGAGCCAGGAGUCGAAGAAGAGCAAGAAGAGAGCCUCGGAGGAGCCGCAGCAGGAGCCGAAGUUCGCGCGCCUGGCCGUGGAGGACUGGGACUUGCUGAACUCCUACUGAGCGACCCGGGCGGGCUGGCCUGUCUCAGCCGCAAGGCUGGAACGACUGGCUUCUGGUUUGAAUCUACCCACGGCGUGCUAGCGUAGCGGGCAGACGUUUCUACUUUUGUGGUGGGGGAGGGAACGCUCUGGAAGUAUGUAAUAAUUUCUAAUGUAUAUUUUCAAUACAUAGUAAUUUUUUCAAAUAAACCUUUUUUGCUGUC